UCUCACGUCCGCUGUCUUGCCCCAGACGAAGUGGACCUUGGUGUUUUGACGGCACCGUUUUUAAUUUUCAGCAAACACCUCCUCAAAAAAAAAAAAAAAACUACGCAAACAUGAGCAGGAAAUUCUUCGUUGGUGGAAACUGGAAGAUGAACGGCGACAAGAAAAGCCUCGGGGAGCUCAUCCAGACCAUGAACGGAGCCAAGGUGGACCCCAAUGUCGAGGUGGUGUGCGGUGCUCCAUCAAUCUACCUGGACUUUGCCAGGUCCAAGCUGGAUGCCAAGUUCGGUGUGGCUGCUCAGAACUGCUACAAAGUUCCCAAGGGUGCCUUCACUGGGGAGAUCAGCCCUGCGAUGAUCAAGGACUGUGGUGUGAACUGGGUGAUCCUGGGACACUCUGAGAGGCGCCACGUCUUCGGCGAGAGUGAUGAGCUCAUUGGCCAGAAGACAGCCCACGCUCUGGAAAACGGUCUUGGUGUGAUUGCCUGCAUUGGCGAGAAGCUGGACGAGAGAGAGGGCGGCAUCACAGAGAAGGUCGUCUUUGCUCAGACCAAGGUCAUCGCAGACAAUGUAAAGGACUGGAGCAAGGUCGUGCUUGCUUAUGAGCCUGUGUGGGCCAUUGGUACCGGCAAGACUGCCUCCCCACAGCAGGCUCAGGAGGUUCAUGAGAAACUGAGGGAGUGGCUGAAGACCAAUGUAUCUGAGGCUGUGGCCCAAUCUGUGAGGAUCAUCUAUGGAGGUUCUGUGACCGGUGCUACCUGUAAAGAACUUGCCUCCCAGAAGGACGUUGAUGGUUUCCUUGUGGGUGGAGCCUCCCUCAAGCCAGAGUUUGUCGAUAUCAUCAACGCCAAGGCAUAAAAACCCAGGCAGCUGCAAAGUGACCAUGUCCAGAUCAGAGGCCUGCUCCAUUCAGAUGAUCCAGUUCCAUCGUCCCUCUCUCUCAGCACUUAGUCGUCUUCCCCUGUUUAUUCAAAGUAUUUUGUGUUAUGAUGUCAUUCCCUCCUUUUCCUUUUCUUUUUUGGGUAUAGUUUGUCCCGAGGAAAAGGGACAGGUUGACACAUGCACUGUACUGCACUGAAAAGAGUUAAGUCCACUGAGAAUAGUCUGUGUGCAUACUAACUUCCACACCAAGUGCUCAAGCUGUAAAAGACUGACAGUUAAACCUUGAGGUGGACGAGCAGUCCACUCCUUUACUUGAACAGUUUACCAACUUUUCUUUGUGUAAACGGUGUCACAGCUCUUGUCAAUCGGAUUUAUUUGCCUUUUUAAUAUUGGUGUCUCUUUUUGUGUAAUUAUGAUGUUCUGUGGCUUUUACCUCCCUGUAGACGUGCAUGAUCCGCUCUCUCAUUGGCUAUUUCACCAAGAGGGAGGUGUUCAUUACGUGUUGAUCAUAUUGUGUCAUGGCCGUUGGUCCAAGGGUGGGAUAGCUGUAAGGAAACAUUAUAAUAAACGGUUUAGAGAC